AGUUUUUCACAAUCUCUUCAUACAUUGUGGAUGCCAAAUUUUGUUACAGAUUGCCGUAUCAUCUGUGAACUUUUGGAUUUUCAUCUAGUCGUUAAAAAAAACUGUUUCAUUCUGUUUUUGCCCAGGGGUGUGUUGAAUUGAUUGGUUUCAUCAUUGGCUUUUGGCAGAUAGUACGGCGUCCACAAUCGGUCCCAUGUGAGGGCACACCGCAAGAAUGAUAUCGUUGUCUUGGAAUUUUUCGUACAGCUCGUGAUACUUGAGUAACGACGCCUCCCGUUGCUUUUCCACCUCGCGUUUCAACUCGAGCUCUAGUUUCGCCCUGGCUAGAUUCAUGACCUGCUUCUUCUCCGUCUGCUCAGAUAGCGGCUGCUGACUCAUCUCCUUCUGCGGUCGUUGCCGCUUUUUGGUUGGCGGAGUCACGGCCUUGUUGGAGGAUGGCUCAUCUUUGGCAAGCGAUUUUUGUUCUUGUAGCUGCGAAGACGGCUUGGGUUGUUGCUUGUCUUUCGAUACGUCGCCAACGGGCGACUGUGGCUUUGAUGUCGCCUGUUGCUUUUCGAGCGCCUUGCGCAUCUGCUUGAGAGAAGAUCCGUCCUUUGCAUUUUUUUUCUGCUUUUGCAGCGUUUUCAGUUGUUGCUGCUUUUGGCGAAGAGGUGGCUUUGGGUUUUGCUUCUUCUUGGCAGCCUUUGCCUUGGUAUUGGGUUUCGCUCCUUUGCCAGCAGGGGCUUUUGCCUUGGUCUUCGCCUUGUUCUUCGGCUUUUUGGUGCUGUUGGGUUUGUUCGCGACUGCGUUGGCUUUGGUCUCUGUUGGUUUUUCGUUCACGGUGCUGCCACCCUUGCCUUUUUUCGCCGGGGUAGAAACCGCAGCAUCAUCACUCUUUGUUUCUUUCUGCUCCUCCUUUUCUGCCGCUGCAACCUUUGUGGAUGUGGGAGUCGYAUCRAUUCCAGACUCGGCUUCUGCUUUUUUCUCCUGUUUCUUCGCUUUUUUGGUCGGGGUGGGAUCUACAGAAGCACCGUCUGCCUCGGCUUUCUUUUUUUUCUCCUGGCUUUUGACGGKUUUCUUCUUCUCAGYYGAUUUGUUCUUCUUCCCACUUGUUUUUCCCUCUUUCUUGACGGGUGUAGAYAAUACAUCAUCACUGGCUUUGGUAUCCUUCUCCUCCUUUUUUGUUUGCUUCUUCGUAGGAUUUGCCUUUUGGCUUGGAGUGUCAACUGCAAUCUYGGUCUCGUUUGAUACAGCAUCUUUUUUUUCUUGGAUCGCUUUUUUAGCAGGAGUGGAAAURACAGUGCCUUUGCCCUUGGAUUUUCUUUUCUUUGUCGAAGUUUUUUUCUUUUCCUUCUCGCCGCUACGUUUCUCCGUCUUGGCUUCGGACUUUUCUGCCUUAACAUCGGCAAUCUUUACUUCUUCUGUUUCAUUAGGUAGUUUCGCCAUCUUACAAUACGAUUCUUUGAACAAACUCUUUGAAAAUGAUUGUGGUUUGGUCAAUGAGAAAGGGUUCCAUUCUUAGCACAAGGUUUGUCCCGUACAGUACUUACAAGAAAGGGCGAGUUCGCACCGACGGCGACGAUCAAAUUUCAGAUUUUUGUACUGCAGUUUUUCGAGGUUUCUUUUUUGAUCGGAACGUGAAAUUGGUGGCUGGGAUUUGAAUUACGUCAUAAUACAUAUGUUUAGUAUUUCUUUAAAGUAGAUUAGUAUGGUGUACCAUAAUAUGGUACUACGUACUUCGUAGUUACUAGUAGAACGAAGUAUGUACCCAUACUUUCUUACUUCUGUACUUCGUACUAUUACGAAGUACAGUACUUGUACCAGGCACAAGCACCGUCUGUAAGUUUGCUUCUUCUUUUUAGUCGAACCAGUCGUUCUUUGGUCCAGUUUUUCUGAGACAAAUUUUCCGAGACAAAACGUGUGAGGGUAAAUCCCGAGUAGCUACUAGUGCAAAACGUGUUGAUCACGGAUUUUGGUUUCAAUUUUUUUUUGUCUCAGCAAGCACAGCUUGGGAAAAGAUCUUCCUUCCUGUCGUAUCACUACAUCGAGCAGCCUAUUAUGGAACCAAAGGAAAAACGGUUAAUUCUGUUCUGUUGCCAUCGAUACAACUGGACUCGUGAAAUGAAUGUGGUUAUCUUCCUUGUCAUAUGAUUUGCGUUUCGUAGAUGAAUCGUUCAUUCUUUCAAUCGCUUUCUUCUUCAGGCCUCCUGUCUCCAAGGUGCGUUGCCUCUAUGGGUCAUCAGAGCCAGACCCUCCCGAAGCAAGAAAUAAAGUCCAGUUACUUUUUCUGGCAAAUCCCAUCGUUUGUGUCCGUUGAUUCUUUCUAAAAGAAUAGGCCAAAGAGAGGUUGGAACAAAAAAAUAUUAUCACUCUCUGGGUUGCUGAUAUCAUUGUCUUCAAUGAUGCAUCUUCCUGCAUGGUUGAUAGUAAGCAUAUAUAUUAUAUUUGGUAGAAGAGAAAACCUUCGAUACAUGUUAUUGUCAUGAACACUAGUCCUUUGGGUUCCUCCGAAUAUUCUCCGGGAUCCUCGAACUUGUCAAGAAAAAUCGAUUUCCACAUCAACAAGCCGCGACUGAUUAGCUUGAACACUUUUUUUUUAUUGCAUUGGCUACUCUUUGGACACUUGCGUCCUGAGAUCCCUCAACAUGUAUGGAACGAACAUUUGGAAAUUUUGGAAGGACGUCACCAAGUAAGAGAGUCUUCAAUUGAUCAUCGUUGAAGCUACACCCAUGAAACUGUAUUUUCCUGAGUGUACUGCAACAGCGAAAAUUCAAGGUCUGAAGAUUCUCCAGAAUGCCAUCAACUUUUUCCUCGUAAAUCAAUUCUGAAAAGUUUAGUGUUCUUAACAUGGGCAACUGAUUUGCCACCCAAUCACAAAAAAAUAGCGGAUGCUCUCCUUUGUUUGUGGGUACUCGAGAGAGACUUCUUCCAAUCGAGUCAGCUCCUUUUGAUGAGAGAAGUCUUCCGGGAAUAAAAACACAUGGAAUAUAAUUGUUUUUAGAUUUGACAAGGUAGAAAGCUCCGCGGGAAUCGAUCGGCAAUAAUGCAACCAAAAAACAUUUAUCGUCUUGGAUGAACCAUCAACCUAAUGAUCCUACCAUUUUCAUCAGUUCUAAUGUCCCACAGUUUAUUGUAUGAGCGCAUACCAUCUAUGAGACUCAUUGGGUUGCGAGGAUCGAUUGGGUUAAUCUGCCUCAAAACCAAAACCAAGAUAACCCAAUCGAUAAAGUCCACUUUUACAUUCGUUUUGACAUACAUUGGAAUCCACGAGUGGCAUAACUCUAGUAAUACUCUUUUGCCACCUUUUCAAUUUUUCUAGGAUGCCUUUCAACAGCCGAUUCCUCGCUGAGAAAUCGAAUGCUAUUGGUGGCUCGAAUGUUGGUUUAACGGCCGCUCAUGUGAAAUCCUAUUCAAAAUUUUGUUUUGAUAAAAAAAUCCAUGGCGCCUUCGUACCGAACCUUGUCGAGCGGAGAGCACAUCGAGAAAUCGAGAUUUGAUUGAGUUAACAAGAGGCCGUUAGAUGUUGAUUGUAUACCCGCCCAGAUCAGAGCCACUCGGGAACUUACCGUAUGAGUUGCUGUCUUUCUUUUGAGCCAAAGAAUGAAUGAAACCUCGAGAAGAAAAUCAGAUAACAAAGCUUCUUCGUGUGUGCGAUUCGAAUCAUGCAAGUACUUCCUGUUCUGAAAACCUCCAAAUCCCCAUAGCCCACUCAUCGCACCGACCGAUCCGGGAUCGAUGGCAUUUUUGCGGAAUCGCCUCGGAAGCAAUCCCAGACUCGAAARCCUACUYGGUGUUUCACCGUGGUGUCUGCAGUCCAAAGAGCACACUCUCGCUUGGUCGCCGAGGAAGCCGAAAUUUUGAAUCUUGACAUAACGAACCACCAUGCGGUUACCAGGUAAGUUGCCGUUGUGAAACCUUCUAUUACGCGCUGUCACGGUUUCGAAAAUGACUGUAUCGUAUCGGGUACGAACUGAGUAAAGGAUGAAGGAUUUUAUUUUAAGUGUUCGUCGGUUACGAGUACCUGUACCGUACGAUUGAUCGCGCGUUCGAAGAUACAGAACGUGACCAUCUCUUGCAAACGGGACUUAUCAGGUAGUCGAUAAUCCGAAGAAGUAUGUUACCGGUACUAGUACUCUGGUAAUUGACUUCAUGAAAGUAUCUUCGGUAGUAUUACAGUAUUUCGCAAUGUACAAGUAUUGCGUACCGUACCAGGUACCGUAAGGAGAAAUAAUCAACGUUGUUUGUGUGUCUGCCUGCCUGCUCGUGUUCUGGUCUUAUUCUACCCGAAAAAUGCCAAUAUUUUUUAUCAAUAGAAUUCUAUUCCUUUCUGUUCACACUUGAUUUUGGCGUUAAAAACCUUUUUGUUGGGGGUGCGAUUCCGUUGUGCCCCCUAUUGAAUAUUGCCUACGUUGUUGGAUCGGUUGUGCGUCCCAAAUUUCAGACUGACUGGCGUGCAGAGCAACUUGAAGAUCCAUAAAUACGUCGUUUGGUGCUCUAUCUAGGCCUUCUGCCCUGUGUGAUUGAGUGAAUAAUCGAAUCAUCGAAAAAACAAAUCAAAAUAAUUUCGUUUGGUGUCGUCUUUUUUCCACUUCGCCAUGCGUGACGGUAGAAAAUAAAGUCUUGUCUUUAGAUUUCGGAGGUUGUGUAUUCUGAUUCAUUCCUUCUCAAAAACGAUCCGAAUCAAUGGCACACUGUUCAUUCUUCUGUUUCUGCCGCUGAUACAGAUACUGAUACAAAUAAAACGGGACAACUGGAGAAAGAGUUCGAUUCAUUUGUUUCAACGACACCUGAACUACUGAUGACAACAUGCUACUACUCCGAAGACGCAAAGAACAAAAUGAGCAUUGCAGCCAGCCGUCUUGUCCGCGUUCGGUGGUGACCUUUUACCACGACAUGAGCGGUGAAAGCAGUUCCGUGGAAUUCUACUCCAAUGGAGAUUCCCAUAACCGCUUGCGCCAGGAAAUCGAUCUCCAGGAUUUCGAGGCAUUGGUAGAGACCUACAAGUCUUUGGUGACCAAUCACCGCAAGAAUCUCCAGCGAAGGAAAYGCCGGCUACGUCGUCUUCGCAGUGGACCCGAGUCUGCCCCCGUCCACCGCUCGGAUGAUUCGAAACGCGAACCCGACGAUUCUUCUCCAAUGGUCGUCACCGAGGUCCACAAGAAGGCAAUCGUGACACUUGUCCGGGUCGAUGCCACCUCGAAGCGCGUCAUUGGAAUCCGGCCUGAGUUUUUUCCGAGAAGCACAAGGGUGGUCCCGUCUUGCCUGGGCCGGCUGGACUCUCUCAAGUGCCUCCGGCUGGACMGAUGCACCCAUCUGGCAAGGGUUCCAUCGGCCCUCGGACUAGGCCUUUCGCGGCUGACGGAACUGCGCCUGGAUGUCUCGGCCAUGAAUCAGCCCCUCCCGACCAGUUUCGGGGAGCUCGGGAACCUGACGACCCUGGUUCUCUUUGGWAGCUGCGCAAGGUUGGACGCUGGCAAUGUUGGCGAAAACAAUUCUUCGAUGGUCCUGUUCCCCUCGUCCAUGGCAAAAUUGAAACUGAAGCACCUCGAAACCCACAUUCAGAACCUCUUGCACAUUUCGCCCGAGGUGCUCGACGGAUGGAGUGCUUCGAU